AUGAGUGAUAGACUCUCCACCAGCUCGAGCGCGAGCUGGACACGGAGAUAUACCCCGGCACAGAAAUCAUGGCAGACGUUGGAUCGCACCAUUUCGUCAAGUCGUCGCAUUCGGAUACAGCGCUCGUCCCUCAGCCCUCGCAAGACCCGCACGAUCCUCUCUCAAGGCUUCGGCCCGCUGGCUCUGGCGCCCAUGUUUCCGCAAAUGAUGGAGUCAUUCGACGCCGAACUGGCCGAUGUGGUCAAGUUCACCGGCGUGUGUAUUCUCGUUCUUGGAUUCAGCAACUUCUUCUGGAUCCCGAUCGAGACGGCGUACGGUAGACGACCGGUACUGAUCUUCUCGACCCUCAUCUGCCUCGUGAGCAACAUCUGGCGCGCCCUGGCCACAUCGUACGGGAGCUACAUGGGCGCAUGCGUGCUGAACGGCUUCGGCGCCGGUCCUGCAGAGACGUCGCAACCGGAGAUCAUCGCCGACGUGUUUUUCCUUCACGAACGCGGCCUCUACAACACCCUCUACUUCACCUUCUACUUUGGCUCUCUCAUGGUCGGCCCCAUCAUCUCCGGCCCAAUGGCCGAACACGUCGGCUGGCGCAGCUUCUUCUGGCUCAACGUGGGCCUCCUCGGGCUGGCUCUCAUCCUCACGAUCUGCUUCUUCCCCGAGACCAAAUGGCACCGUGUGCACCCGUCCGAAGUCACCCAGCCGCACGAGCAGCAAACCCCCGAGACCAGCUCAACCGAAAAAGGCGGCGACACCGCACAUCACGAGGAGAUGCCCGCCGAGAGCGGCGCAGAGCUGGACCCCUACCUGGGCCGGGGCGCGCCGUCCAAGCGGCAGUUCAAGAUCCUGCAGCUGGAGGGCAACAACUUCAAGACGGUGCUGACCAGCUUCUGGAUCCCGUGGAAGCUGCUGACGUUUCCGAUCGUCGAGCUGGCGGCGUUCAACGUGUCGUGGUCGGCCAGCGUGUUCCUGACGCUGAACCUGACGCAGAGCCAGGCCUUUGCGGCGCCGCCGUAUAACCUGUCCAGCCAGACCAUUGGCUUGUUCAACCUCGCCAUCUUGAUUGGAGCCAUGAUCGGCCUGCUGACCAACGGCCCGCUGUCGGACUGGAUCUCGAUGAAGGCCACCAGGAAGAACAAGGGCAUCCGCGAGCCGGAGAUGCGGCUGCCCGCGCUGAUUCCGUACGUGCUCAUCGUGAUUAUCGGAAAUUUUGUGGUCGCGUUUGGCUACGAGUACAAAUGGGACUGGAGGGCAAUUGUCAUUAUCGGAUACACCGCCGCCGGCAUCCAGGUCGCGGCCAUCCCGGCCAUCAUCAGCACGUACGCCGUCGACAGCUACAAGCCGGUGGCCGGGUCGGUGUUUGUCUCGAUCACGGUCAACAAGAAUCUGUGGGGGUACGGGUUCAGCGAGUUCAUCACGCCGUGGAUCGAAAAGAGCGGGUUUGUGCGGCCGAUCAUGCUGAACAUGAGUCUGGCCGUGCUGUGGAGUCUAUGCGCCGUGCCGUUCUACCUGUACGGCAAGAAGUUCCGCAAGUGGACGGCCAAGUCGUCUGUUCAUAGUUUGUGA